AUGUGCUUGAAAGCAAGGAGCAGAAGGAUCUGGAAGAUGAUGCUGCAGGCUCGAAAGGAGUCAUCCCAUGUGUAUCGAGCACUACCAUCGAGAGACAAUUUCAGCAAAAAUACACCAGGUGAUUCUAUUUCUGUGUACCAUACUUUCACGGUAGAUUUUAACCCAUUGAAUCACGAGGUUUGGUGCGAGUGCAACAUGUUUGAAUCCACCGGUAUAUUGUGUUGCCACACCCUUGAUGUGUUUUCAUACUACAAAGUUGACAGAGUACCGAGCUGCUAUGUUCUUCCUCGAUGGAGUAAGAAUGUCAUGCGCAAGCACACCUACAUUAGGAGUAGCCAUGAUGUGGCUCGGUCAGCCACAACCUGUUCAGGUGUUUGUGUUCAGAGUUCUAUAACGUUGCUUAGGAGUUCGUUACUUGUGAUGAGGAAGCAGCCAUAUUGCGUUCAGCUCUUUGGAAUGCAAAAUCCAAGCUGA